AUGGAACUGCUCUCUACUCAAAGCAGGUUCAUUCCUAACUAUAAAUGUGACCUCCAGAACAAUUUGAUGGCUGUUAUUGGGGGACCAAACUAUGAUGAAAUAUUGUACAUGGCAAACAUCUUAACCAGCUACAAAAUUGCACAACUUGGAUAUACUUCUGCUCCAGAGAUGAAUACCCAAGAUACUGCCUUCCACUGGAUGUUCCCAAAUAAAAUUCAACAGCACAGAGGGAUUCUCCAUCUUCUAUUGCAUUUUGGGUGGACAUGGAUUGGGGUGUUAUACAUUGAUAUUGGCAGUCUGACACAGCUAGUACUGCAAAAUGUGCUUCCCGUGUUUUCCAAAAGUGGUGUCUGCUUUGAUUUCAUAAGAAAACUGUCUGAUGGCCCUCUCAGUGAUAUUGACAAACUAGCAAAAGGGAUUCGUGCAACUUUACAUUUUCUCUUGACCCGUAGUUCUAAUGUGGUGAUUGUUCAUGGUGAAUUUCAAAGUAUAUUAACUUUAAGGAAUUUCCUCAGAGUAGCUGAAUUUGUGGAAAUGCCAGUAUAUUCUAAAGUCUGGAUUAUGACAUCAGAUGUUGAUUACGUAUCUGUUCCCCUUCAAAGAGGUUGGGACUUAAAUUUCCUUCAUGGAUCUUUAUCCUUGGCAAUUAAUUUCAAGGAUGUUUCUGGCUUCCAUCAGUUUCUUCAAGCAAGGAACCCUGCUUUGGAGAAAAAAGAUGGCUUCCUAAGAGAAACCUGGCAACAGGUAUUUAAUUGUGUCUUCCCUAGUUUUACCGGAGACAAUAUGAGUGAGGACAUUUGCACUGGCAAAGAGCAGCUAGGGACUCUCCCUAUGUCGGUGCUUGAGAUGAGGAUGACUGCUCAGAGUUACAGUGUCUACAUGGCUGCAUAUUCCGUUGCAUAUGCUUUGCAUGCCAUGUACUCUUCUAUGGACAACCAAAAGGGAAUUGCAAAUGGAUGGAGACAGAAAGUUCAUCAACAGUCAUGGAAGACACAGCCCAUUUCAUUGUGUAAUGAGAAAUGCCAUUCAGGUUAUAGAAAAAGCACCAAAGAUGGAGAACCCUUUUGCUGCUAUGAUUGUACUCCGUGUUCAGAAGGGAAGAUUUCCAACCAGACAGACAUGGAUGAUUGCUUUCAGUGCCCAGAUGAUCAUUACCCAAAUAAAGACCAUGAUUCAUGCAUUCCCAAACCUAUCAGUUACCUAUCUUAUGAAGAUAAUUUGGGGACCAGCUUGGCCGCAGUGGCUCUUCUGUUUUCUUUUACUACAAUUUACAUUCUAGGAAUCUUUUUGAAGUAUCACAACACUCCCAUUGUCAAGGCCAACAACCGCAGCCUCUCCUACAUCCUCCUCAUCUCCCUUCUCCUUGCCUUCCUUUCUUCCCUGCUAUUUAUUGGUCGACCCACAAGUAUGACUUGUCUCAUUCGACAAACUGCUUUUGGCAUCAUCUUCUCAGUGGCGGUUUCUUGUAUGUUGGCCAAAACAAUCACAGUGAUUCUUGCAUUUAUGGCCACCAAGCCAGGAUCAAAGAUGAGGAUGUGGAUUGGAAAUCGACUAGCCCUUUCAGUUGUUUUUUCCUGUUGUCUUGUACAAACACUUCUUUCUGUAGUCUGGCUUUCCACCUCUCCCCCUUUCCCAAAUGUUGACAUGAACUCUCUUAGCACUGAAAUCAUUCUGGAAUGUAAUGAAGGCUCUGUUGUGAUGCUUUAUUGUAUAUUGAGCUUCAUGGGUCUUUUGGCUGUUGUCAGUUUUGUUGCAGCUUUCCUAGCCAGGAAAUUACCAGACACUUUCCAAGAAACCAAAUCCAUCACUUUCAGCAUGCUGAUCUUUUGCAGUGUCUGGUUGUCCUUCAUACCUGCCUACAUGAGUACCAAAGGCAAAUAUAUGGUGGCCGUGGAGAUCUUUGCCAUCUUGGCCUCCAGUGCGGGGCUACUGAUUUGUAUCUUUUCCCCAAAAUGCUAUAUCAUCGUGUUGAGACCUGACUUUAAUAGAAAAGAGAAUCUGAUAAAAAGAAUCCGUUAAGUGACAUUCUUCGUGGUUGUUUUUCAUGAAACAU